AUGGUAGAAUCAAUUUAAAACUACGGAGAAUAUAAGCUAGAGUUCAAAGAGGACGAGAUUUUAGAUGAUUAUAGAUUUGCAAAUCACAAGAUUCUCAAAUUUCCUGAUAUCGUUACUCAUAAGGAUGGAAAUAAGUAAUCGCUUUUCGUUGCUUAGGACUUUAUGCUAGGCAAGGGUGGUAUUUGCUGGGAUGCUGUAAAUAUUUUAAGUAUGCUUAAUAUUUACUCAGAGUUAUGUGAUGGCAAGAGAGCAGCAACUGCACUUCCAAGUUUAUUAAUAGCAGCCUAUGGGCAUAAAGUCAUAGCUAGUGAUCUGAAGAAAGUAAUCGCAUUAACUUAAAAAUGCUUAGAACUAAAUUAAAAUCUUAAUGGAUCAAUCUAAGCUUUAGAGCUUUACUGGGGUAAUGAGGAGCACCUUUAAAUUGCCUAGAAUUUGCUCGAAGGGUAACUAGAUUACAUUAUCUGUGCAGAUCUUAUUUAUUUAGAGGAAACCUUUGAAGAUUUAGUAAAGACUCUAAAGUUAUUAUCAAGUUUUAAAGAUGCUUAAAACCCACCAAUGAUAUUUAUGAGCUACAAAAUAAGAUUACCAGAGUUGACACAGAGAUUUAUAGAUAUGUUUAAGGUUGAGUUCGAUAUAGUUGAGGAACUUAAUAUUCUUGAUAUUCAUCCGAAUCCUCAAGAAAAAUUCAUUAAGGCUAAACUCAAGUAAUAGAAAAUAGAAUGA